AAGCUUCGCGACGAGCUGAUGCACUACAAGUCCAAGGGCAGUGAGCACGCCACCACUGCGAACACGCGUGCUGAUACAUUGGAAACUUGCGCGGCACUUGACAAGGCUGAUCUCAUCAACGUUGCUUCCGAUGCAGUAUCUGCCUCGUGUUUAUUCGGUAAGCAAGGCCCCCUGUGGAAGGCGCUUAUGCGCCCUGGUUGCAUGGACGCGGCCUUUAAGCAUAACAAGGUGGUGCUGCAGAACCUCGUUGACUUGAUGGUUGAUGGGGGCCUCCCGCACCGCUUUGACGGCGACGAGCGGUCCGCAGACAAGGUGAUCAGCGAAGCCGUCGCGCUCGCGAAGCAGCUGUACCCGCUCGACGACACCGUGCAGAUCAUGUCCCAGAAGAUGGAAGGCGUUGUUGCGUCGACCAACACGCAGCAUCGCAUUGACCUGCUCAGUGCUGCCAUUGAAGCGAUCAUCGCGGCAGAGGGCGAAGGCGCAGUUGACGCGGCAUCCAUCCAGGCGUUCGGCACCGCCAGCGAGGCCAUGUGCGGCGUGAAGUUGCCCGACGGUCUCUUCAUCAAGUUGAGUCGGGCGAUCGGGCGGCUCUUGGAGACAUCUGUGCAUGUCUACACCAACGGUGGCGACUUCGACGCGGAGGUUGCCGCCCAGGCGCUCGCAUCCAUGUCGAAGAUCAUCAGCUGCGAGACCACAUCGAAGAACGUGAAGUCACUCUGCGGUGUCCUGAACGCAGUCGACGGCAUGUGGAAGAGCUACGCGACCCUCGUGGCCACCGCGCCCAACGUCGAGGCCGUCGCGGACGCCUGCGACAUGGAGGCUGUCGCAAAGCUUGCCAGGGCUUGCGUCGGGAAGGUCGCGGCUUGCACGAAGUCGCUCGAGAUCGCGAGGCCCAUUUUCGACUACUUCGAAUGCGCCGCCGAGCUCAAGGCAUCCGAGGACACAUUCGGCAUCGUGAAGAAGUUCGUGCAGGACCUUUCGACCGCUGUUGCCAAGAAGAUGGCCAGCGACUUGGAGGCGGCGGUGAAGGCCGUCGAGGCGACGGCGAAGGGCGGCAAGGACGGGGCCAGCUGGCACGACGGCGUGGCCAACGCGCUCGAGGAGGUGCUGAAGCGCGGCGAGGCGGCGCUGUCGAAGGACGCCUGGCCCGUGGUCGCCAAGAUAGCCGCCGAGGACGAGCCCAUCAAG